UGGACCAUUAAAGGACGUACUAGUGGAGGAAGUAAGGAAAGAAAAUCCGAUAGAUCCAAUUCUCAAUUCCAUUCGAGUCCAUACCUUCCAGAACCAUUCAAUGCUCAAAAUUCUGACUAUUCUGGAGAGGGAUAUGAUAGAGGACACUUGUGUCCAUGUGGAGAUUUUUAUUAUAGUAUGGGACAAAAAGCUUUGGAUGAAACAUUCUACUUGUCACACAAUGUAGUUCCACAAGAUCCAAAUAAUAACAGAUUUUAUUGGCUUAGAUUGGAAAUGUUCACUAGAGGAAUGGCCAAACAGUUCGAUAAUGUCCACGUAUUGGCUGGUCCACUGUUUGUUCCAGAAGAGUCAGGAAAAAAAAAGUUUGUUCGUUAUGAAGUCAUUGGAGAUAAUAAUGUUGCUGUUCCAACACACUUGUACAGAAUUUUGGUUGGAGAGAAAAAGUCUGAAAACAAAUUUUUCAUUCAGGCCUUUAUGAUUCCAAAUAAGCCAAUUCCAAAAUCAAAGCCAAUUACCGAUUUUAUUGUUCCAGUUUCAGACAUUGAAAAGCUCAGUGGUAUGCAAUUGUUACACAGAAUUGAAAAGACAAGUACAUUACCACUUUGUAAACAUUUCCCAUGCGAAUUG